GCCGCGGGCGUGGCCAUGUGGAUACCCGUCUUCCCUGUCGACACGGUCAAGUCGCGCCUGCAGACGGCAGAGGGGAACGUGAGCAUCGGCGGGGUCGUCCGCGAGCUGUACGGCAAGGGGGGUUUCAAGGCCUUCUUCCCGGGAUUUGGGCCCGCCCUCACGAGAGCCGUGCCCGCCAACGCGGCUACCUUCCUGGGCGUGGAGCUGGCGCACCAGUUCAUGAACAAGUCGUUUGGUGAGCUCAAGAAGUGA